CAGAGGUCAAAAGACCAAAUCAUUAGCAACUUUCGACGAGCGAUUCAUCUUCUCAAAUCAGAUUCAUCAAAUGGAUACUUCAAGUCCAUCAGCUUUUGUGAACGGAGCUCUCUUGAGGCGAUACAUUGGCCAGAAAGUCAGAACCGUGGUUCAAGUGAUCGGUUCCGACAUGGGAUCUGUCGUCGGAAAAUCUACUGAUGAUCUUCAGAUCUUUGUUAAGGGAUCGCCUCCUGCUUCUACUACUACUUACCUCGAGGUCAUUGGAAUUGCAGAGAGUGAAAACUCCAUUCGAGCUGAGACUUGGACCAAUUUUGGGAUCAGCUUUGAUGCACUCAACUACAACGAGCUGUGUAAGCUAGCAAAUGGGGAAUUCAAGCAUUUGUUCAUCUAAGGAUGAUGAUCAUUUGAAGCGAUUUCUAUUAUAAACUUUUUUGUAGAUUCUUAUGAUAUGCUUUAUGUAUCUGAUCUCUCAACUUUCUGCUAAAAAUAUCUGAUACUUGCCUAUUUUAAGAACCUAACUAAGCUUCAGUUUGCUGUUUUAUUAUAAUAUAAAAUUCCGAUGAAAUUUUUUCUCCA